AUGCGCAUGUCGGACACCGACUUCGCAGAAUACGACAGCAAGGUCACCUUCAUGUUCCCCGGGCAGGGAGCCCAGUACAUGGGAAUGGCGGCGGGCAUCUGCGACGAGGUGCCAAAGGCGAAGGAGCUGUUCGAGAAGGCCAGCACCAUCUUGGGGUACGACUUGCUAGACAAGUGCAAGAACGGUCCGAAGAACGUUCUCGACUCGACGGAGGUGAGCCAACCGGCCAUCUUCGUGUGCUCCAUGGCGGCGGUGGAGAAGCUGAGGUCGGACGAGGGCGACGAGGCGCUGGACGCGGCCACGUGCGCCAUGGGGCUGAGCCUCGGGGAGUACUCGGCGCUCUGCUUCGCGGGGGCGCUGUCCUUCGAGGACGGUGUCAGGGUGACCAAGGCGAGGGGGGAGGCGAUGCAGGCGGCGUCGGACGCGACGGACGGGUCCAUGGUUAGCGUCAUCGGCCUCAAGUCGGACAAGGUGCAAGAAAUCUGCGACGCUGCUGCCAAGGAGUCGGGGGAGCCAGUGCAGGUCGCCAACUUCCUGUGCAACGGGAACUACGCGGUGUCGGGUUCCUCGAAGGCGUGCGACGUCGUGGAGCAGAUCGCCAAGCCGGACUUCAAGGCGCGCAUGACCGUCAGGCUCGCGGUGGCGGGGGCCUUCCAUACCGACUUCAUGGAGGCGGCCGUGGAUAAGUUGGGUGCGGUGCUGGACUCUAUCGAAGUGAAGAAGCCACGGAUACCGGUGGUGUCCAACGUUGACGCCGAGCCGCACUCGGACCCGGCUGUCAUCAAGGACAUUCUCAAGAAGCAGGUGACCAACCCGGUGCAGUUCGAGCAGAGCCUGGCCAACGUGAUGGGGAAGGGCUUCGAGUACGGCUACGAGUGCGGGCCCGGCAAGGUGGUCGCCGGCAUCUUGAAGCGCGUCGACAGGAAGGCCAAGAUGACCAACGUCGAGGUCUAGUCCGUUGGCUUUGAGGAUUGUUACUACGAGCUUAGACUUGAGGGUAAGGUUCCUACGAGGGCCCGGAGGUUCGCUGCUGUCUAUGAUAGAGGCGUGCGUGUGUUCUUCGUCCCGUUUGUCCUCUUCUGUCGCCAGUCUCUCCACGUUGUUGGUAGAUGUUGGACGUGCCGGCCGGAGGAGCGGCGGAAACAGUUUUUCCGAAGGCCUUGGGAGAGAAGUGCAUGCCUCCCACUAGGGUUGCUUGCGGAGGCCCGACGUUUUGAGGCCUCGUAAUGCAUGCCGGGCUAGGUGUCGUAGGAUGCGGGAGACGAACAUGCGUCAAGGUGUAUCUAGCGUUGACCGGUACAUGGGGGGGGUGGUUGACUCAAAACCACGGGCAGGCUGGAGGGAGUUCCUCCCAGCCGGGAUUUUGCUCGCGUCGAGGCUUUCCUCUGACGUUUGUUGUCGGACUUUUUUUACGAGGUGUCGGAAAGACGAGGACGGAAAAAAGCGGGCACACGCCCCAGCAGUUUCAGAAUCAAAGACAGCGCAACUGGUACGGUAGAGCAUUUUACGGUACGUUUGGGAGGUAGGCACCACGCGCCAGUUCAAGACUGGCCAGUGCUGUGUGUAGGUGGGUAGCCAAGGAGUAGUUUAUUGGCGAAGGCGCGUGCUGCAAGUGGAAGCCGAGGUACCUCCCGCCGGAAUAUCAGAUUUAGACAGCAAGCUGUUUCUCGCAUGCGAAAUGGGGGUUUCAUGCUUUUGACGGAAAAGUCAGAACCGAAGUGCAAUAUGGUGGGUAUUCGCCGUGACGUAGAUUAACCCUACACGAGGUUGAACCGCCUGAUUUUAUGGUGGGGGUGCCGAUUUUGAGGGGCACCGUUAGAGGGAAGUAUAGAGGUUGGAGGUUUUCCAGGCAUCGUAACAUUUG